AUGGCAGCUAAAAUCUACAUCGCCAUCGCCGACCUCCAUCCUAACUACAGUCACGUCAAGUUAGCUGGUGCUGUCAUUGCAAAAACUGAUACCAAAAGUUUUCCUGACAGAAAAAGUUUUGGGGAAGAGAGACACACGUUUGGAUUCACUCUCAGAGACUCUCCCGACUUCUUCAUCAAUGUGUCUGCGUGGGGAAGUGAAGUAUACAUUAACAGCCUUACAAACAGCUUCGCUAUUGGAGAUUGUGUCACAAUUGAUAAUCCCUUAAUCACCCACAAAGACCCAGAGAAAGGUGACAAAUACUGCCCAACAACUCCAAGUAUGUUCAGACUGAGUGUGACAGAAGCCCAUUCUCAGGUGCUUAACUGUGCAGACAUUGUUGUCAUUGAGAGGAUGCUGCCUCUCACCCACCUGCCAGUCAAAGACCCUGGGGACUUCUACUCACUGGGGGACAUCGUGGCCAAUGGACAGACAUUGGAUGGAACAGUCAUCAAUGUGCUGGCGGCUGUGAGAUCGAUCGGGGAGUUGAAGCAGUUCACCACUUCAGACGGACGCAGAGGGCAGAGAAUGGAAGUGAAACUCUUUGAUGACGCUGUGUCUUCAUUUCCUCUUGUCUUCUGGGACAGAGAGGCCAUUCAGCUCAUACAAACGCUGGUGCCCAAAGAGACGGUGCUCUUCAUAGCUGAUGUGAAGAUUAGCAUUGACAGUUUUCGAAAUGCUAUGGUGGCCACUGUUAAUUGCAAGACCAUUAUCACCGUCAAUCCAGAUACAAGAGAGGCCGGUCUGCUGUUCAGCUAUGCCAAAGAGCUGUCAGAGUCUGGAGGGCUCGAAGAGGAGAAGUCCGAAGAGGUCUCUGUUGAGUCAAUCACUGCGGUGUACACUGUGAACCAGCUCAAGCAAAAGGCUUUGGAUGAAUCUGAGCCGUUCUUUGGCGUCACAUACAGCUUCAUCUCCAGACUGGAUCUCGACUCUUCUGUUUCCAAAGUCAUUCGAACACGUUGCACCAGAUGUAAAUUCCAUGUCUCUGAAGAGAAGCAGAGCUGCACAAAUGAGAUGUGUCCAGGAAGAGAGCAGGGUUAUUCUGCUGCUGCCACAUUUGACCUUCUCGUGGACGUGUCGGACCACACUGGAACUCUGCAGGGCUGCAUCUUCAGAAGCCCAGAGGCCGAGAAGUGCUUGGACUGCACUACGGAAGAGUUUACAAAUAUGACUGACGAUGAACGAACAGCUUUGAAAUGGAAAUUUCUUUUGGAAAGAUGCAAAAUAUAUGUUAAGAUACUUCCACCUAAUAAAAUGAGGCCUGGGGUCAAAGGCAUAAUCCUGGGGUUCUCGUUGGCCGAUCCAGGCGAGCUCCAGUGGCACAAUCCGUCUGUGCACAUCACAGAAACCUGCAGUGAUGCCAAAGUUAUGAGUCCCUUCAUCCAAAUUUGGACAACAUCGAAUCUUGAAGUGGUUGAUUCUAAUUCCUGCGCCGUGACACCCUGCAGUCUUAACAUGAAUGUGAACCAGGGGACAGUGGGCAGUGAUCCUGUCAUCUUGGCCACCGCAGGUUAUGACCACACUGUCCGCUUCUGGCAGGCUCACAGUGGGAUUUGCACCAGGACUGUACAGCAUCAAGACUCUCAAGUGAAUUCUCUUGAAGUCACACCAGACAGGAGUAUGAUAGCAGCUGCAGGUUAUCAACACAUUCGCAUGUAUGAUCUCAACUCCAACAACCCCAAUCCAGUUAUCAACUAUGACGGUGUCAGCAAAAACAUCACCUCUGUGGGUUUCCAUGAAGAUGGCCGUUGGAUGUAUACAGGAGGAGAAGAUUGCAUGGCUCGUAUCUGGGAUUUGAGGUCCAGGAAUUUGCAAUGCCAAAGGAUAUUCCAGGUUAAUGCUCCUAUCAACUGUGUUUGCUUGCACCCAAACCAGGCAGAAUUAAUUGUUGGAGACCAAAGUGGUGUGAUCCAUAUAUGGGAUCUUAAAACUGACCACAAUGAACAGCUUAUUCCUGAGCCAGAAGUAUCAAUAAACUCUGUCCACAUUGACCCAGAUGCUAGUUACAUGGCAGCAGUUAACAGCUCGGGUAAUUGUUAUGUGUGGAAUCUUGCUGGUGGCAUGGGUGAUGAGGUGACUCAGCUUAUUCCAAAAACAAAAAUUCCAGCACAUAAGCGCUACUCGCUUCGCUGCAAGUUUAGCCCUGAUUCCACCUUAUUGGCCACUUGUUCAGCUGACCAGACAUGCAAAAUCUGGAGAACUUCGAAUUUCUCUCUCAUGACUGAGCUAAGUAUAAAGAGCAACAACCCUGGGGAGACAUCUAGAGGCUGGAUGUGGGACUGUGCCUUUUCGGGGGACUCCCAGUAUAUAGUGACAGCUUCUUCAGAUAAUCUUGCUCGUCUAUGGUGUGUGGAGACUGGAGAGAUCAAGAGGGAAUAUAGUGGUCACCAAAAGGCAGUUGUGUGUCUUGCAUUCAACGACAGUGUCCUCGGCUGA